AUGAGCCUCGUAAUAUGCGACACAGCCAAUGCAGGCCGAACCUCGCUGGAGUGGAUACUGACGGAAAUCCUCGAAAUCAUAGCCAGCAACGUUCCGAGCCUUGAUACCCUUUGGAAUCUACUACGAGCGUCGCCUAGGUGCUGGCGUAUCUUUACCCUCCGCUACGCUCACAUCACUGAAAGCGCACUCUCGGGAUCAAACUCGAUUACGCCAUUAUUGGUUAGGGAACUUAUCCGAGCAGUGGCACUUGUACGUGCGCAGAACUUUCCGUUUCCGUCUCUCGAUAUUCUCCGAUGGGAUUUCAUGACGGCAAUAGCGAGAAAUACAAACCGAGAUGAGUACGCUCGUUGCGGCGACACUACGGGCAUAACCUUCGGCCCAAACUCCUUACCAGACUCGCGCGAUGUUAUAACGUCCGUCGUCGCGACAGCCAACCACAUUUCGGUAUCGGCGCAAUCUGUGCUAGCUUCCUGUAUAAAGCGGCUCAAAAGAUCAAACCUCAAUUGUCUACCUCCUGACCCUGACCCUGAGCCUCGGCCUCCAUAUUUGAGCGGAGUGAUUGAAGCGAUGGGCCAGCCUACAUAUCUCGAGGAAAUGAGAGCUGUUCGGGCCUUGUGGAUAAUACAGCUGACGGGCGAAGUCAGGGCUAUGGUCAAAAGUAGGCCAGAUGUAGUCCGCUGGACUGAGGAUGAGGUUUCCCGGUUGUCUCAGAAGAACCCAGCAACUAUUUUACCGUAUGCGGCGUACCAUCAUGUUGCGGUAGAAGUUAGAACAAUGAUGUACUAUCUUCCUGCCUGUUACAAGAAUGACACCGUCUUCCGACUGCCCCAAGCACCCGCACCUUCUGAGUGCAACCGAUGGGCAACGAUGCCUUCGGACUCGCAAUCGUACGACGAAUGGUGCCUGGGAAAUGAAUCAUAUGGCGGUGAUCUUUUGUCUUGCGGAAAUUCUACAGUGUCCGACCGAUUGCCCCGACUGGGUUUCGCCUUCUGGGAAUUCGCAACAAUGUAUCGCUUAGGGUUGGCGCGUAGGUUGCCAGGCCUAACCCUAACCACUCACUACCGUCAUCUCGUCCUUCAAGGGAUUUGCGAAAACACGUUCCUAACGGUAAAGACGCAGUCUGGUGAUUGUUCCAGGGCAAUAUUCUAA